UUCUCUAACCUUUCCCUUGGAAUGGCCAUGUGUGUCUUUACCACUGUCAACAUGAAGAACCACCACGUCCCUGAUUCUGGUGCCAAAACUAGAGGAUCCAAAUACACAGGCCAAUCCGUAAAACCACUCCCAAUCCACAUCCUAACAGUUGGCAAGACUAGAUCCCCAGGAGUUCAGUUGAUAGUCAAGGAUUACAUGGAAAAGCUCAAACUUUACUGCCCGGUUCACGACCUCCGAAUCCGAUCGAACCCCAAGAAUUCAAUCGACAGGAGGGUCCAGAUCGAAAACGAAGAGAUGGGUUUCAUGAAUUUCAUCAAACAAGAUGAUUGGGUGGUGAUGCUGGAUGAGAAUGGGAAGGAUUUGAAAUCAGAGGAAAUGGCAGACUUGAUUGGGGAUGCUGGAAGUUGUUCAAGAGUGGUGUUUUGCAUCGGAGGGGCUUAUGGGCAUGGAAUGAAAUUGAGGGAGAGAGCCAAUGUGAAGGUAAAGUUGUCAUCUUUGGUCCUUAAUCAUGAGAUUGCAUUAGUGGUGCUGGUUGAGCAACUUUAUAGAGCUUGGACCAUUCUCAAAGGUCAAAACUACCAUCACUAGGUGAACAUAAGUUAUGAGACAUAUACAAGAUGUAAGAUAUGCAUCUUGAUUCCGAUCUUUUUCGUUUAAAAGAAAAUUUCCAAUUUUGUGAUAUAUUGUGUUGAAUGCAUUGUUUUGUUUUUGUAAUUUUUAA